AUGGCCUGCUGCUCCACCAGCUUCUGCGGACUCCCCAGCUUUACCCUCAGUGGGACCUGCGACUCCAGCUGCUGCCGGCCAAGCUCCUGCCAGACCAGCUGCUGCCAGCCAAGCUCCUGCCAGACCAGCUGCUGCCAGCCAAGCUCCUGCCAGACCAGCUGUGGCAUCGGUGGUGGCGUUGGUGGUGGCAUUGGUGGUGGCCAGGAGGGUGGCUCCGGAGCUGUGAGCUACCGCACCAGGUGGUGCCGCCCUGACUGCCGAGUGGAGGGCACCUCCCUGCCCCCCUGCUGUGUGGUGAGCUGUACCCCCCCAUCCUGCUGUGAGCUGCACCAGGCCCAGGCCUCCUGUUGCCGCCCAUCCUACUGUGGACAGUCCUGCUGCCGCCCAGCCUGCUGCUGCCAGCCCACCUGCUGUGAGCCCACCUGCUGUGAGCCUAGCUGCUGUGAGCCCACUUGCUAA